CACUGAACAAGGACUGAUCAUAAUACAAGCCACCGCCACGAAGCAAAGUGACAUGGCAACAUUCCGGCGCUUCAGGCCCGACGACGUGGACAAAAUCUCGAAGUGCAAUCUCGAUCCUCUAACUGAGACAUACGAGCUUGUAUUUUACCUACAAUAUCAUGCGAGAUGGCCCUCUCUCUUUCAGGUCUGCGAAGACACAAAUGGAAACAUCAUAGGUUAUAUUAUGGGAAAGCUGGAAUCUUCGCCCGAAAUUUACAAGUUCUCUGAGCAUUACUUGCCGUGGCAUGCACAUAUCACUGCCCUGACUGUUGCGCCGGAGGCCCGCAGGCUGGGAAUUGGGAAAAUUCUUACCGAACAGCUCGAGUUAGCUGCAGAUGCAAACAAUGCCUGGUUUGUAGACUUGUUUGUUCGGAAGGGAAACGCCAGAGCCAUCGCUUUCUAUAAAAACCUUGGGUACAGUGUCUUCCGAGUCGUCAAGGACUACUACGGCGAGCAUGCCACAGACUCCACUGCCCAGAGUGAAGAUGCAUACGACAUGAGAAAGCCCAUGAAGAGAGACAAGAAGCUUCAGCAUAUCAGAGAGGAUGGCGAGACAUAUGAAGUUGAUCCUACUGAUGUCUGGUGAAAAGGAUGAACGCCGACGGGUAAGGACGCAAGCUUUGUUCACGAGGGAUGUGGACCUAUCUGUGACGUUUGAUUUUGUUGAAGGGGACACUCAGGGCGACUUGCGACUUAGGACAUGGAAACAGCUUGUGAUAAUUACGAUCAAAUGCAUGCUUUGAUGUCAGAUACAGCGUAACUGGAACCGUCGUAACUGGAACCGUCCUAACUGGAACCGUCAAAAAUAGGGUCCAAAUUGAAGGGUAAAUUGUUUGAGGGAAUUGUGUAGUUCUCUGACCUGCAGGUCU